AGAUGUCUGAUUUUUUUCUGUAUGUGUAUGUGUGUUGUGUAUGUGUGACAGCCUUUGCUGCCUCUGUAGAGGGCGGGGCGUCUCGUUUCCUUUGUCCGGGCGGUCUACUCGCUCCUCCCGGCAGUCUGUACACACUGUCCCGCCGAGACUGUCCAGCCCGGAUCAGCCCAGAAAGAGUUUUUGGUGUGCAUCGAGGACUUCGAGGAGGUCGCCCUCAGAGAUGUUUGUCACCGCUACGAGGAACUUCGUGGAGGAAGUGGAUCAUGACGGGUUCCUGAUCCCCGUGUCCAGUCUGAAUGACAGCGUCGCUCUCCUGUCACUGGUGGUCAAACGCAAACGCUUCUGGUUCUGGCAGAAGCCCAAGUAUCUUCCUACUGAUUUUACCCUCAAUGACUUGCUGACAGGAGAUACACCCAUAAAGCCAACGGUCAUAGAGACAGACUUCAUCAAGUACGAUGGGACUUUUGGUGACAACAUUCAAGGAAACAUUGAUGCCAAUUUGGCCCAUUCCAGUCUGAACUUUGAGGGCAAAGACACGACCAAACUCAAGUCGUCCUUUGGCACUUUGAAGAAACAGGAGCUGGAUGUGCAGAAGCUGCUGCGAGACUCCAAAGACAGGGUCCUUGACAUGUCCCACUGUCUGAUCCAGCAAACCAAAGAGAAACACAGGCAGUCGUUCGGGGUGGUGAAGGAGCGCAUUGUGACAACCCAGCCCAGCUCGGUCAUAGAGGAGGUGCAGCAGGGCGGACAGUGUGGAGGACUGCUGAGCCUCUGUGGGCCCAAGAGCACCAAGGUGUCACUGAAGGAGAAUGGAAGCUUGAGCAAAGACAGUAACGUUACCAUGGAGAUCCCCCCUCAAACUGUGGUGGCCUUUGGCCUCAUUGAGCUAGAGGUCAAACUCAGUGGACACUUUGAGCUGUGUCUGAUGUCGGACACGCGAGGGGGCUUUGAAGUGGAUGGGCUUUUGAAAGGAUUACUGAGCUCCUCAGGUGCUCCUGUGCGUGCUGCUGAACAGAGCUGCCUAAGACGAGAGCUGGACCAGCUGAGUUGCCAUUUCCAUCUUCUGUCAGCUCUUCCUGCCUCCACGCGCUCCUCUCUGCUCCAGCACCUCAUGACAGCCACGCAGGACAGAGAGGCUUUCUGUGCUCUGGAGAAUGUGAUGGAGCUGAUGUGCCUCGGCAAGCAUCCUGCCCUGGGGGAGGUCAGGACGGAGUCUCAAAGACAGAACAUCCAGGCCGUGCUGGACCUCUUGGAGCUGUCUGGUCAAGUGGAGCACGCUCAGACAGCUUUGUCAGACCAGUCCACCUCCGUCGUCAGAGCCUUUCACCUCAUCAUCAGUGCCUUGGACGAAAUGACAGACGAUUGUCUUGCUGUCUUGCGAAUGCACUCCACUCCCACAGUCUUGCAAGCCCUGGAGUUACUGGUGCAGUGUGUGGCAGGAGGUGGAGAGACACCUCUGAGCACUUCAGGUUUGGCUCCACUGACAGAGGGCUUUGAAAAGACUCAACACCUGUUUGCCUCCUGUAACGUGACCCUGAAGAGAGAUGGGGACGCUGUGAAGAUGGAGAUAAACCACCAGCCAGGAGACCUUCCUCUCAUCCUGUGUAUCGCCAUCAGAGGCCUUGCUUCACUGGCUCACAGUGUUUGACCACGGGCAUGAACUGUGAAGACAUCUUUAUUUGUUAUGGACGGUAUGAACAUCUCGCAGAAAUAUCGCAAAUCUGACCACACUCAGUGUGAAGCAGUUCUUCUCCGUUGUAAUAUCAGUGUUUUCCCUCGACUUAUUUUUAUUGUUAUUGUUCUCCAGUAGCAUUGCAUUUGACUGUAGGACAAUCUUAAAAAUGCUACUUUGUGACCACACUUGCACAAUCUCUGUCCAUCAAAUUCAAGGGACAUUCCCUUGAAUUUAAAGUAAUUCAGUGCCUGUUGGUGGCAUCAGCAUCAAUGUAUAAAUUCCACAAUUGUUAAAUUUAUUAGAGCGCAAUUCUACUACUAGUUGUAUAAUAUUACAGAAUCAAAUUUCUUCUGACCCAUUCCAUGAAGCUGGACUGCAGAGUUAUAGCCAUUUUCAUGUCUAGUUGCACACUGCAGUGACAAUUAGGCCUCUGGCUCUGACCAGCUCACACGCUCACACAGUCAUGUUAUCACAGAGAGUAAUGUGCCGAAUAAUAAAUGUUUUGUCAUUGUGUAAUCGACAGUAAAAUGUUUUUGUAACUUUCUCAUUUGA